GUUAUAUUGUGUUACUCACGUUACCCAUGAAUCUCCAAUAACAACACACGGCAUCAUGGCGGCCUUAGGGAGCAGACGACUCGCCUUUUCUGUCAAAGAUUAUCUUCUGUUUUCCUUUCGUGGAAGAUCACAGUUGAUGACCUGUAGAAAUGCCAAACCCAUAUGAGAAGGAGAAAUUACAGUGCAUACUCUGCAACUACAAGGUGCAUUUGGACUACAAGAAUGUCAGAUUGCUCUCCCAGUUUGUAUCACCUUUCACUGGACAGAUUUACGGCAGGCAUAUUACCAGGUUAUGUCGGAGACAACAGUCAAUAUUGGAACGAGAAAUACAAAAGAGCAGAGAUGCAGGUUUCAUGCCAGUAAUGCUGAAGAGUGUAGAUUUCUUCAAGGAUCCUAAAUUAUUUGACCCCAACAACCCUGUUCGGCCACAUAAAUAUUAGUGAACAGAUACGGGUUUUGUAGAUAUGCACUUUAUGAAGAGAUAUGGUGUAGUCCAGAAAUGUGACUUUUGUAUAAAACUGAAUUAAAAUGUUGAGAUCU